AUGACAACUGGCUGUUGUUCGUUCAAUGAAGAGACAAUAACACGCAAAGAGUGGAAUUGUUGUCAACAUUGGCCAAAGAACUCCUUGAACGAUUGUUGCUUCUUGGUUGACGUCAAAGGAAUUCAGGAAAUUGAAGAUUACAGGCAGCUGUUUAAUGAUGGUCUGGGUGGUAUCAAUGUUCAGCACAAGUGGCUUAAAAGAUCAGCUUUACUGAAUACAUGUCUUUACGAUAUAAUUUAUGAGAAGAGACGAGAAAAAUUUUACAUCUUGAAGAAAUUGCAUCCUUAA